AUUCAGCCAUAAGGGCUCAAACGCAGUCCAGUUGGAGACCAGAACGGAUCGCCGCCGGUUCCCAGAAGAAACUAAUCCCCCAAAAACCUAAAAAAAAGCAAAAAAUAGAAAACUAAAAGUCAUCGAAGGAAAAGUGAAAAUGUCGCUGAUACCGUUCAUACUCGAUUUGGCCGAGGAGCUGCACGACUUCAAUCGCAGCCUGGCCAUGGAUAUCGAUGAUUCGUCGGGAUUUGGGCUGUAUCCUCUGGAGGCCUCCUCACAGUUGCAUGCGCCACAGAUGAGUCGCUCGUUGGGGCGUGGAAAUGCCAUGAUGUGGGUGCCCAUUAAGGGGCAAUCGCCGGUGCAGCAGCAUCGCCAUCAUCCUUAUAACCGAGUGGCUGGAGCCAAGACCGUUUGCUGCAAUAAGUCGCUGCUGGAACUGGAAAAGGAGCUGGGUGAUAAGGGCACUUCCGGUGGUGGAGGGGGCAGUUCCAGCCAGCCGACGGCCAGCAAAUCCGCCUAUUCAGUGGUAAAUCGCAAUGGCUUCCAGGUGAGCAUGAAUGUGAAGCAAUUCGCCGCCAACGAACUGACUGUGAAGACCAUCGAUAAUUGCAUCGUCGUGGAAGGCCAACACGACGAGAAGGAGGAUGGCCACGGGGUCAUCUCACGCCACUUCAUCCGCAAGUACAUCCUUCCCAAGGGCUACGAUCCCAACGAGGUGCAUUCCACAUUGUCAUCCGAUGGGAUUCUAACGGUCAAGGCGCCGCCACCCCUUCCAGUGGCGAAGGGAAACUUGGAACGGCAAGAGCGCAUCGUGGAUAUCCAGCAGAUUUCGCAACAGCAGAAGGAGAAGGACGCGCAGCCGCCGAAGCCGGCUGAGCAGUUAGAGCAGCAGGCGGUAGCUAAUGCUCCCUCUUCCACUACCAGUGCACCCACACCCACUCCACCUAUUGCCCCCACUCCAUCGCUCUCGCUCACUCUCGCCGAGAGCAACGGUAACGGUCAGGUGGAGCCAGAGACAGGGAUAGAGAUGGAAUCGUCGGAAGUGACUGCCCUCUCUCCCUCUCUUUCCAACGAGGCUGCCGCUGCAGUGGAAGCCCCUUCCACUGCAGGAACCACUUCCAGUGCCAACAAUGGCGUUGCAGAGCCGGAGUCCAUGGAAGUGGUUGCCAAAAACGAUGAGGCUGCCAAAGUGGAGGAACAGGAACCCACACCCACACCAACACCCGAUCCCGUUAUGAGCAGCGAAGGGGAGCUAAAAGCAGAGGAUGCAAAUGCCAACGAAGUGGCCAUUGCCUCGAAUAACGGUAAUGGAGCUGCAGCCAUAACACCCGAGGAUGUGGAAAUGCCGCUGGCCAAAAAACCCGAAAUUCCUUCAGAAGAGAGCAAAGAGGAGAAGGUGGAGAAGCUCGAAAAAGUAGAGAAAGUGGAGGAGAAGGGCGGCGAGGAACUGGCCGCCGUGGAUGCGGCCAUACUUUUGGCCAAAAACCAAGGAGAAAAUGGAGCCACAGCUGCCAAAACCGAGGAGUUGGCCAAGUGAAGACUGAACUAAAAUAAAAAACAAAAACAGAUAAUUAAGAACAAAUAAUAACCUGCACGAGUAGGCGUGCGUUUUAUUCCAUAAAUGUUUUUUGUGUUUCCCUUUGCAUUUCACAAAAGAGCUAACGAAAAGCUGCGGAAAAGCACUCAAUUAGUAAGCGUGGGAGAUAACGGACGAUGUUUGAUUUCCUAAAAACAUAUGUGACAACAACUACAAGUAUUCCAGUAAAACUUAAAGAAAGAAACACGAAUUAAUGUACUUAACAAUAAAGAGGAUAAACAAAAUAAAAAAAA